GUCCGGCGACUUCUGGGACACGACAGGUUCCAGAAGGCGCCGGGCCAUUUACAAAGCGCAGCGCUUCUCGCGCAUGCGCAGUCCGCAGUCUCUGGUCGCCCCCUGUACUGUGUCCGCAGUCUCUGGUCGCCCCCUGUACUGUGUCCGCAGUCUCUGGUCGUCCCCUGUACUGUGUCCGCAGUCUCUGGUCGUCCCCUGUACUGUGUCCGCAGUCUCUGGUCGUCCCCUGUACUGUGUCCGCAGUCUCUGGUCGUCCCCUGUACUGUGUCCGCAGUCUCUGGUCGUCCCCUGUACUGUGUCCGCAGUCUCUGGUCGUCCCCUGUACUGUGUCCGCAGUCUCUGGUCGUCCCCUGUACUGUGUCCGCAGUCUCUGGUCGUCCCCUGUACUGUGUCCGCAGUCUCUGGUCGUCCCCUGUACUGUGUCCGCAGUCUCUUGUCGUCCCCUGUACUGUGUCCGCAGUCUCUUGUCGUCCCCUGUACUGUGUCCGCAGUCUCUGGUCGUCCCCUGUACUGUGUCCGCAGUCUCUGGUCGUCCCCUGUACUGUGUCCGCAGUCUCUGGUCGUCCCCUGUACUGUGUCCGCAGUCUCUGGUCAUCGCCUGUACUGUGUCCGCAGUCUCUGGUCAUCUCCUGUACUGUGUCCGCAGUCUCUGGUCAUCUGGUCAUCCUGUACUGUGUCCGCAGUCUCUGGUCAUCUCCUG